CUGGCUGACGGCUGAAGGCUGAAGGCUGGGGGGAGCUCCGAGCGACCGUCCGUGCGUCCUAACCGAGAAGCGGCUCCAUGUCAACAUGCCAACCUUUUCAGUCAUGUACAAAGGAGCAGUGAUCAUUAGCAGGACACUAAUGGGUCCGUAUGGAGUAGACCGAGCUGUUCAUUCCAUGGAGUUUACAGACUGUGAGAAUGGCCUGGGAAUUAAAGUGAUUGGUGGUGUGAAGGAGUUAACUGGAGAGGAGUUUGGAGUCUACGUCAAGCGGAUUUUACCGGGUGGCCUUGCUUCAAGUGAUGGAAACCUGAUGCCAGGAGACCAGAUCUUGGAGGUGAACGGGGACAGUCUAGUCGGAGUCACAAGUGAAAGAGCAGUGGAUGUCUUGAGAGCAGCCUCGGCAACCAAUCACAUGCGCCUUCUCAUAGCCAGAGAUGAGGAAGCAAAGAAAGAAUUUGCUGAGUUGCUAGAGAAGUAUGGAUCUAAUGGCAGCACAGGAUCGACACGCAACUCUCCCAUCCAGCAAGGAGGUCGCUACUUGGAUAGUACAUCAUCAGGUUCAUCAUCUCGCUCCCAGAGUCCUUUGUUGUUGAGCCCAGCAGGCUCUCAGAACAUGUACAACAGCAGUGGGCCUAUGCUGCGCUCCCUCAGUCAUCCCGGCGAAGGAGUGAUUCAGCUCAUUUCAGUGGCGCGAUCCAGCAGUUUGGGCAUCACCAUCGGAGGAGGAUCCAACAGGCCCGACGGCCCCGCGGUCUUCAUCCAGGAAGUGCUGUCUGGAGGAGACUGUCACCGGGAUGGACGUCUGAGACCCGGGGAUCAGCUCAUUGCCAUUAACAAAGAGUCCUUGAUAGGUGUGACCCACGAGGAGGCCAAAAGCAUGCUGAACAAGGUCAAAUUCAGCCAGGACAGCGCAGUGGAAAUCGCCUUCAUCCCAGGGAAAGGACUUUUUCCAAGCAGCACAUCUCUUCACAACGGGAUCCAGCGAGCUUCAGGCAACAACUACAACUCUGGACGUUUAAAAGUCCACAUCAGAUCACCUGAGAUCUGUACAGAGGAGCCAGCCCCAGUGUCCUCAUCUUCUCCUGACAUCUGCCCACCAGAUAUUCAUAUUUCAGGUUCAACCAGCCAGAGGUCGCCAACGGGGGCCAAACCUAAAAUAACACUGGACCCCUACAUACGCCUCAAAUCAGACAAGUUAGACCUGGCUUUGUCCUUCCUCGGGUUGGAUGUCACAGAAGAGAAGAGGAAGAAGUUGAGACAGAGUCUGACCACAGAUCCACAAGGCACCGUGGCCUACGGAGACUUCGUGGAGGCCACCCGGAGCAUCUUCCAGGAGAACUUGGAGGAGCUUGGUUUAGGGGCGGGUCCCUUCAUGUUUUCCUAUCACGAAGCAGCCAGUUUGAUGGACACGUCAGCCUUCCACUCCCCUACAUAUGAAUCUGAAUGCAGCUACAGCAGUGAGGAGAUGGAGCAGUUUCAAACAGAGGUGAAGCAGCUGCAAACCCAAAUGAAGCAGCUCAAGGUGAUGCUGAAGGACAUGGAGCACAGCAAGAAAACCCUGGAGGAGGAGCUGCAGAAGACCUCAGAGAAAGCGUGUCUGACGGUGGAGGAGAACAUCCGCCUGAAGAGUCGUCUGCAGGCAGCCGAGGCCGAGGUGGGUCAGCGGCAGGCCAGCACUGCGGAGCAGGACUACGAGGAGGUGAUCCAGCUGCUGGAGGCUGAGAUCAGAGACCUGAAGAACCAGCUGGCCAGUAAACGGCAAGCACGAGGAGUGGAGGCCGCCAAGGAGGACGUGCAGGAGCUGAACAGGAGGCUGACAACCAUCGACUGCCAGCUGAGGAAGUCCGAGCUGAGCAGGAAACACCUGGAGAUCUCCAACAAGAAGCUGCUGGGCUUUGCACAGAACGUCCACAAAGUGCUGACAACACCCAGCCUGCUCGGAGGAGAAGGCUGGAGCAACAGGUCGUCUCCAGCCACCGACAGCCCCGACACCCCGUCACCGCUUCCUGAUCCUGCCUUCCAACUGGCUGUGGAGGCCAAAGAGCUGGUGGCAGGAGUCUGCACCCUCACUGCUGAUGACAAAGCAUCAGAGAGUGCAUUGGAGGCAGCAUCAGUCCCAGAUGUCAGCCCUCAUGAUAUGUGAGCAACAAAGAGCCAGAGAGGACUGUGGGAGGACCUGGGCGGGCUGAAGAGGCCGAGUGAGCAGCUGAACCCCUGAUGGACUGCACCGCAGUCAACAGACGCGGCACCGUCCAAUACACCUUCUCAAAAUAACAACAACACUUCAAUGAAUUCAAAUCGUUAGUUCACAGCAACAGAUUGAACACAACAAAGCCAGUUUUAAUGCCAAAGCUUGCUGCACACCUCAAAUUAGUGUCUUCCGGUGAAAUAUUCCCCAGUCUUUCAGGAGGGGGGUUCAGAGUGGGAUGUGUUGGACUCAGCCAAGACCCGACUUUCAUCAUUCGACCAUAACACAUGUACAGAAGUCUCUAUGAGAAGUGCUCUGCCAAAUAAAAAGUCUGAGUUACUCUGACAGCGGGUGGUGUUGAAGGAGCUGCAUGAUCGAGUCCACAACACACACAUGCUGUUGUAAACCAUGUUAAUACUCCUCCCUGACCUCUUUUCUACCCCCCACACCACACACACAUGGACUGCAUGUAAAGGGGACUUGUUUGCCUAUAAAGGACAAUCCAGAGCUGGGUGUUCUUCCUGUGUCAUAACUCACUGCCAUCUGCCUCCGUCACACACCAUCGCUUGUUUGCUCUGUUACAGAAGAACUGUUGAGCAAAAAGUAGAAAAAAAAAGCACCAUUGUCCCUUUUUCCAUCUUGCUAACUCUCCUCGUGCCACUACUCAUUAAUAAAAGGCGAAGAAAGAAGUAUUCAGAGAUGUUGGACAGGAGCAGUUUGUCAUCUGUGGCUUUGUAUCUCUGCAUGGUUCAUGUUGAUGUGUCUCCUGCAUCCAGCAGUGGCUUUAAUGUUACUGUAGCUCCUGCUGUGUAAACUUGUGUUUGGUAGUCACAGAGUCUAGGCAGAUAUCAGUCAUAGGCCACAUGAGGAACAUUCAUUUUAUUUCUAGGGACGGCUGCAGAUGCUUUUAAAAACACUGACCCGUCCUGUAUUUCAACCAGAUUGCAUCUUUGGUGUGGCCUCAUAUCUUUCUGUUACUGUUUUAUAUUAAAGGAAUAACUAAUG